CCGUGAGUGCCGUGUCACGAGCCGGAGGGCCGUGAUUGUGUCAUCCGUUGGUGAGGGCCGUUCAUGAGGGCCAACGUUCCGCCGAGACGAUCGAGAAAAGCGUUAUUCAGGGUCACGGGUAUGCUUAUCAAGGAGACGUCCCUCAGUUGGCCUGGACUGCCGGUCGCGUUACCGUCACCAGCUUCGCCAUCCGCGGUAAUCGUCUCGCCGGAAACACUGUCUAGACACAGCAGCAGCUCACCCUCUCGCGUUCACCGGCCACCCCAGUUCGCGUUGGCCCUGCCAUGCUCCUCGCAACCGAUUCCGGCGGUCUGCUACCCGGCGCCGACCUUUCUCGAGGUCACCGACGAGCGGAAGUGGAAGAACCUUGGAUGUGACGCCCUGGCAACCACCUUGAGCGCGUUGUACGGAAAACUUCUGGUUGUGAUGGGGAUCGCCUUUCCCAUGGCGGAAGUGAUAUCCACGUACAUACCGCCGUCUUUCUACGAGGCUUUUUAUCUCUAUCUAUACUUCGGCAGCAUGAUCUUCCUCGUAUACAUGUACGCCAUGUUGUUCACGGGCAGCAAGAAACCAAAAAAGCAGAAAGACGUGUGCGAUCUUGACUCGUCGAGAUCGUCGAGCGGCGCCGGUGGCGACAGCGACGCGCCUGAGACCGGAUGUCAUCACAUAUCCGGUCGUCCGGUCCAGCACUACGGGAGCUUCUACCUGCGAAUGGGCGCCGUGGCAUUCGGUAUCGGAUCGAUGAUCUACUCGGGACUGGAAUUCGGUCAGUACUUUGAGCUGGAACAGAACACUAAGUGUCACAACAUCAUGCUGGCCCUCACGCCCGCCACGAGGAUGGCCUUCAUCUUCAUCCAGAUGUACUUCAUAUUUCUGAACAACGAGCAAAUGAAGGUAUAUCGGCACCGCGUUGUCGCACGCUUCGGACUAAUGCACAUGAUCGGCACGAAUCUGUCAGUCUGGCUGAACGUUCUCGUGCAGGAAACGAAACACGAGAUCCUCACAUUCUACAAUCCGGAAAACAACUCUCUCAGAAUUUCUCACAGAUUAGGCUCGAAAGGUGGACUUCACGGACUCGGCGGUCACACUCAUUCUCAUCACGGGGAACACGUGCGACUUCCGCGCGGUCUCAAAGGACCUCAUCAUAUGUUCGAGUGUAGGAGGACGAAUAUAAUGGGAUCGUUGGUGCAAGACGCGAGUCCUUUUCUCUUCCCGUGCACAAUAGAGUACAGCCUAAUCUGCGCGGCCAUUUUAUACGUUAUGUGGAAAAACAUAUCGAAAGCCGGAUUUACGCAACCAACGACGCCGCCGGGCUCGCGUCACCACGCACACGCCUAUAGGAAAUCGCCUCACCACUACAGCGUGGACUGCGCCCGCGCGCACAAGGGCCUCUUCGUGGGGAUCCUGAUUCUGGUACUGACCAUAAUCUCUCUGAUCCUCUUCUUCGUCCUAAUCUCGCGGCCCGAGCUGGUCAGCCUUGCCGUAACCGAGGUGAACAUCUGCGAGCUGACGCUCUACGGGAUGUCCACCAUGGCGACGCUGAUCGGCAUGUUCCAGAUGCGCAAACUGCGCUACGACGGCGGUAGGAAUCUGGAGCUGGACAACAUCCUUCUGGUGGCCGCGCAGACCGGGAUGUUCAUCUAUUCCACGUUCACCAUCAUCGGCGGCCACUUCACUCUGCAAAAGCACACGGUCCUCGUGCUGGUCACCGCGCUGGCCAGCGUCGUUCAGACCACCUGUCAGACUAUUUUCAUCCUGGACGCGUCCAGACGCUCGGUAGCCACCGCCGAGCAGAUACGCAGAAAACCGGGCAGAGAGAUCGUCACGUUUCUGCUGGUGACGAAUCUGGCUAUGUGGGCGAUCAACACGCUGGAGAAGUCCCGGGCGGAAUCGCAUCCGGUGCAGCUGCACUUUUACGGCCUGUGGGCGUGGACGAUCAUCACCCACGUCUCGAUGCCGUUGGCGAUCUUCUACAGGUUCCACAGCACCGUGUGUCUGUGCGAGGUGUGGAAGCGGGCCUACAAGGUGAAGCCGACCUACAUGUGACGUAAGGGGUCCCGUGAGGUCGUAUGGAAGACCGGGGGGCUCCCGCAGCGGCCCAAGAGUCAACAGUCGAGGUUGGACGCGAUCGCGGAGAACGAUCCGGCGUACUUCAUAUGAUCGAGAGAGACGUCGAAGCGCGAAAGGAUCGUCGGGACGGCCGCGAGGACCGUGUUGUAGAACGAAAACUCCGUCGAGCGGCGAUAAGAAGUAGACAUCGAUAGUUUUUAGAUGGACAGAACUUUUCUCUAGACGUUUAAAACACGAUUAACGUGUGACGUACACACACACAUACACACACGACAGUUCAUAUUUAAACACAAAGUAAUUUGCAUCGGCUCCAGAAUAUCUCGAGAUAACUAACGAUAUUUCAUAAAUUGAUAGACUUGUAAGAGCGUCUGGAUGUUAUUAACGAUAUUGCAUAAUACAAUCUAUCGGAGAAGAACACGUCGGCAAAGAGGUGCUCGCAAAGAUAAACUGUCUCAUAAAAGUACAGUAGCUUACCUUUGUAAUUUAUCGGAGAUCGAUGCCCCUAGUUAGCCUCGCAUAGAUCUUUUUAACUCACUGUCACUCUUUUAACUACAAAAAAAAAAAAAAACUAAGCCAUUUAUAAAGGACUAUCAAUGACAAGAGAUCAAAAAGGGAAUUAAUAAAUCUA